AUGAAGGUGUUCGUUCUCCUAUCCCUUGUCGUCUUGGCUUCUUCUCGCUCCGUCGUGAAGAGGAAUGCCUACGGAGAUGAGGCCGUGACUCCAGCACCGGCUGCUGCUCCAGCUCCAGAAGCCGCUCCAGUCGAGCAAGCCCCAGUUGCCGUUCCAGCCCCAGCCCCAGCCGCCGCUCCAGCUCCAGACUGCGGAGCUGCUGCUCCAGCUCCAGCUGCCCCAGCCAGCACCGACUCUGGAUACCGCGCCAAGAGAAACGCUUAUGGAGACGAGGCCGUCACCCCAGCACCAGCUGCCGCCCCAGCCCCAGAAGCUACUCCAGCUGAGCAGGCCCCAGUUGCCGUUCCAGCACCAGCUGCUCCAGCUCCAGCUGCCAACUGCGGAGGAGCCGCACCAGCUCCAGCUGCUCCAGCCAGCACUGACUCUGGAUACCGCGCUAAGAGAAACGCUUACGGAGAUGAAGCUGUCACCCCAGCUCCAGCUGCCGCCCCAGCCCCAGAAGCCGCUCCAGCUGAGCAAGCUCCAGUCGCCGUUCCAGCCCCAGCCGCCGCUCCAGCUCCAGACUGUGGAGCUGCUGCCCCAGCCCCAGCUGCCCCAGCCAGCACUGACUCCGGAUACCCUUCCCGCGUUCGUCGAAACGCCUACGGCGACGAAUUGGUGACACCAGAAGUCGGCGGAGCGCAAGUCGAAAUCGUCAAAGAGGUUGACGCUUCGACAGUGUCGCAAGCUGAAAACGCGGCGCAAUCAACAAACGUCGAAAAUUCGGGGUAUCGCGCGAAGCGAAUGUCGCAGAACGCCUACGGCGAUGAGGCGGUGACACAAUCGAGCGACACACGCGCUCACACGAUAAUGGUUGUCGAGCACGCGCCGGUGGCCGUCGAUGUCGGCGGCAAUUCGCAAGGAAUUGAGGUCGUCGGACCAUGCGUGAACAACAUGUGCCCACACUCGUACACAUGCAAUCGCGAUGAAUGCAUUCGAGAGAAGCCGAAAGCUCGCGCCGGCGCGAAACCGAUCGGACCAUGUGUGAAUGCUCAAUGCCCAGUUGGACAUGUCUGUAUUAGCAAUGACAACAAAUGCUACCCGUUGGCUUGA